AUGAUCCUCGAUCCCCUCGUUGGCGUAUUCGUGACCACUCUCCUGUUCACAGAGACGGACAUGAAUCAUCUCCUACAACAGGCAUAUCAGGACCUCCCUCGAGAGCAGCACGCCCUAUACGUGAUCCAAUCCCUGGACCUGCCUUCGCCCGACACCCCACCAACCGAGACUGUUCCACUACUCAGAUACCCCUUCGUGCCGUACAGCCCGGAGGACAUCUCGCGCUUCCUGCACCUGCACUGUGGUGACGGGUGCGCCCUCUCGCCCCUGCAGUUCAUCGUGAUCGAUCGUCGUACCAAGAGCGGCGACGGGACGGUCUUAUAUGCGCGGUCGGAACCGGGGAAUGUAGAUGGACGAGAACUGGAGAUGGUGAGAUUGGAGCCGCACGAAAUGAAUCUGAUUCCUGUUGCAGUGGAAAUCGGCGCGGCUGGGUUCGAUGAAGUGCGUGAAGCGGCUGCGUUGGGGCUUGAGCUAAAGUUUGAUUCACAGCCUACGAACCACAACAAGGCAAAUCAUUGGAAAGUGGCUGGCUCCGAGACAGAAGGAGCGCCUGUGGCUGUAGCCUCCCUGGGUUUGGUGCUGAAAAGAGCGCUUAGUAAUCUGAUAAAACGGUCGUCAGUAGCGAUUGGAUCAGUUUGA